AUGUUUGUAAAGUGUUCUUCAGGUACAGCAACACUUCCUUCAACACCUUCAGCUCUCUUGAGAACAAUUUUGGAAAAACAGAAAUGUAGCAAAGGUGAUUAUGAUAGAAAAGAGAUAUCUCUGAAUAUUCCUCACGUUGUGCAAUCAACACCAAAAACUCCAGCGAUUGCGUCUGUUCGAUAUGACUCUUCUUUUUUCUUUGGGCCGAAUUUCAAUCCAGCAGCGCUUCAUGAUCAAGUAAAUAAAAUUUUUCAUGAUGAUAGUGUUUCUCCAUUACCACUCUGCAGUCCGCGAACACCAAAAACACCUCUUGAUGGCUCAAUUGAAAAAUCAGCAAGUCGCAAAUUACUCGAUCACAGGAGACAAUUGGUGGUUGAACUUCUUGAAGAAUAUGGAAUGUUUCCUUCAGGACAAGCUAUUUCGGCUUUCCAAACCAAAUAUCGGCAGUUCUUUCCCAGCAAACAAGCUUUAACGCUUAAAAUUCGUGAAAUGCGGCAGAAAAUGAUGGCAAGCGUUCAAUCUCCUAUAACACCGUCGCCAGAUUGUUCAUUUUCUCAGAAGCAAAAUAACUUGUUCGUAAAGCAGUCCGUUUGUACAUCGUCUGCUGAACACUGUUGUAAGUAA